UAGGUAGAUAAUAGAAUCUCGUGUUCAAAAGAUGAAAACGUGCCGCGGUUAGUUCAAACUCCGUUUUAGAAUUGAGUAAAGUUUGUCUUUACCUGAAAAAAUCUAUUCCUGCCAGAACGAAAUGGAUUUAAUUUCAAUAACAAUGAAGACCAUGCGAAAGAGUUGAUCUACUUUUAUAAACAUAUUUGAUUAUAAUAAUAUACUGUGUUAUUUUUAUAAAUGGCACGGUAUGCUAUUCCAUGCUCUAAUGAACUGCCAACAUAGCGGAAUCGCGUUAACCAAACCAUAACCAUACACUGGAUUAAGUUUUUCGCAAUCUUAACAAAUAUUUUUUCUUCCUUAUGAAAUAUUUUUAGUAUCUUUAAAUCAUUAUCAUUUAUUUUAUAUGUACAUAACAUUUAUGCUGUUAUAAACUUUUUAUGAGUACCAGUCUAUAAGCAUAGCAAUGAUGGUCUAAAAACUAUAAAAUUUCUUCAAUACAAUCAAUGAGUUUUCUUCAUUUUAUUUAUACAUGGUAACCUGUGAAUGUUUGAUUUUCUAUUGUAAAUUAUUCAUGUCAUCAAUCGUGGAUCCCGUUACUGGUUUAACGUAGUAAGACUUGCCGAUCGGCUUAGUUAUGUUAUGAUGUAAUACAUUUCAACUACUCCAAAAAACUUCACGAACUCAUUUGUUUGUAUGUACACUUGCAUAGUUUAUUAUUUGAACUAAUCAUUCUACAUUCUGAAAACUACUACUGUUGAAAUAACUGAAAAGGAGACAAUUGUUUUGUCAUGAACAACAAAGUAAUAUUUUUAAAUGUUUGUCGGUAGUAAGUACCGGUGUAGUUCCGAUUGUUAUAACGUUUUUAUCAGUUUUGCUUGUGAUAUUAUAAUCAAGGAAUAACAUAGACACAAUGACUGUCUUGAAGAAUGUAUGUCGGAUGAUACUUAAUACAAAAACUGUACAAUUUAAAUUGUACACACGUCAAUCGUAUUCGUUGUACAAUUUACAAAGACUUGCUAACCUCAACAAUAGUGUAAAUUCUCGUUUUUGCUCCAAUAAAGUCAAGACUGAGGAACCGAUAUGUAAUGUAGGCACUUUAGGACAUGUGGAUCAUGGUAAGACAACCCUUACAGCAGCUAUUACAAAAGUGAUUGCUGAAGAGGAUAAGACAUGUGAGUACGUGUCGUACGAUCAGAUUGAUAAAGCUCCUGAAGAAAAAGCAAGAGGAAUCACGAUAAACAUUGCACACGUGGGGUACCGUACCAAAGCUAGACGCUACGCACAUACAGACUGUCCAGGUCAUGCUGACUUUAUUAAGAAUAUGAUCAGUGGUGCAUCGCAGAUGGAUGGAGCUAUUUUACUUGUUGCAGCAACUGAUGGUGUUAUGCCACAAACUCGAGAACACCUUUUACUUGCAAAGCAAGUUGGGGUGAAAUACUUUGUUGUCUUUAUAAACAAGGCAGAUGUGGCUGAUCAAGAAGUUUUGGAACUAGUAGAAAUUGAAACCAGAGAGUUACUCUGUGAUUUUGGCUUUGAUGGAAUAAAUAUUCCAGUAAUAUAUGGAUCUGCACUUCUGGCCUUACGAGGGGAUACAUCUGAAUAUGGAGUACCUUCAGUAAAGAAGUUACUUGAUGCAAUAGAUACAUACAUACCAACUCCAACAAGAGAUUAUACUUCACCAUUCUUAUUGCCAAUAGACAAUGCAUUUUCAGUUCCUGGUAGAGGAACAGUAGUGGUUGGUACAAUAAAACGUGGUAUUGUUAAAAAAAAUAUGGAUGCGAAUCUUUUGGGUUUUGACGAAUCAAUUAAUACCACCAUCAGUGAUAUACAUAUUUUUAAAAAAAGCGUUACCGAAGCUGUUGCCGGUGAGAACGUUGGCGUGUUACUGCGAGGAAUAAAAAUUGAUAGAAUACGAAAAGGAAUGUUGGUGUGCAAAGCUAAAUCUAUGAUGGCAAGUAAUCACUAUGAAGCCCAAAUUUAUUUACUCAGUUCUUCAGAAGGAGGUCGUCACAGACCCAUGAGGCCUACAGGUUACUGUCAGCCGCUUUACAGUACUACCUGGAACGUACUAUGUCGCCUUGACUUGAUGCUACCUGAAGGUACAAACAUGCUGAUGCCUGGUGAGCAUGUAACAACUAAACUAACUCUGCUAAGAUCUAUGCCAAUGAUGGAAGGCCAGUCAUUUACAAUCCGUGAAAAUAAAUGUACCGUGGCUACUGGGAUGGUAACAAAAAUCUUGCCGCCUAUUAACGUGGACAAACGUAAGUUGAACAAAGCGAUAUUACCAGACACACAAUAGUAAAUUUGAACUGUGUAUUAUAAAUAAACAAAGUCAUUUUAUUCGAA